CACCACCCUCAGCUCCCCACCAUCAAAAUCCACCACCCUCCUUCCCCUCGCCACUCCCCCCACAACCACCACCACCACAACUCCUCCUCCACUCCCUCAUCCGCCGCGACCCCAACUCCCACCGCCGGAGCCCGCCGCAAAAUCGGCGUGGCGAUCGACCUCUCCUCCGAGAGCGCCUUCGCCGUCCGCUGGGCCGUGGAUCACUACAUCCGUCCCGGAGACGCCGUCGUCCUCCUCCACGUCUCCCCCACCUCCGUCCUCUACGGCGCCGACUGGGGCCCCCUCCCUCUCAAAACCACCCCGCAAGAUCAACCUAGCCAGGAGGAUUUCGACGCCUUCACUUCCUCGAAAGUGGCGGAUCUGGCGAGGCCCUUGAAGGAGAGUGGGUUUCCUUAUAAGAUCCAUAUAGUGAAGGAUCACGAUAUGAGGGAGAGGCUGUGCCUUGAGAUCGAGAGGCUUGGUCUUAGCGCUGUGAUUAUGGGGAGUAGAGGUUUCGGUGCUGAGAAGAAGAGUGGGAGUGAUGAUGAUGAUGAUGGGAGGUUGGGGUCUGUUAGUGAUUACUGUGUUCAUCACUGUGUUUGUCCUGUUGUUGUUGUUAGAUUCCCUGAUGAUGAUCGUGUUGGGCCUGGGCCUGGUGUUACUGUCAAGACUGGUGGGGAUGAUCAAUAUGGUGUUGCUCAUCAUCAUGAACACAUCAAAGAUGAGUAAACCGCUUCUUGGGAUCUUGGUCAAGUUCGCACUGCACUCUUUACAGCAUCCAGGUACACAACAAAUCAAGUAGGAGUUUUAGCGCAAUGGUCAGAGGAGUAUGUGUGGUCUAUGUUUAUCUAUCAUGAUGUUGAGGAAUUUCUGAGGGUUAGUUGGAGUCUAUUGUCUUUCUCCAUUUGAUGUUUUCUGCAGUAAAACACGAAGAAGUUUGUAUGAUUACCUUAACCCUUUUGGUAUUUUUCUUUUAGGAAAAAAAAAAUUGUGACCAUCUUCAGUAUGGUUGUGUAGGUUUGUCCUGUUGUUGUGUGGGAGUGAAUGCUAUUUAUAUUUAAUUUGUCCUUAGUUAUUUUAUAAUCAAAUAAAGACUUGGGUAGACUA